UUUUUUUGGGGCCGUUGCGGUGUUCCGUCCACUCAUCUCGCCGCUGGAUAACGGCUACUAUCUCCUUGUGGUGCUUGUGAGCGUGUGGCUUCUCGCUGCCGACACCGAACUCCUCCUGCAUCCCGACAAUGAACCUGCUCUGUUUGCCGCUUGCACCGCUGCCAUUGUUGCUAUCGCCGCGUUCUUUGUGUACAUCGUCCUGAAGACGCUGCAGGUGAUUGCGUUUGCCAGAAGGAAAUGGGCAGGUGCGGAUGUGCGUUGA